AUGAGGCAUCUCAGCGAACUGUUCCAAAAGGACUUCUUGGCACAAUUGCCAGAGGAGAUUGCUUAUCGUAUCCUUGCCUAUUUGACACCGUGCGAUUUGAUGACUUGUGCUGGCGUUUCGCGGGCGUGGCGGCGGCUUUGUGAAGAUGAUCGGACGUGGCGACAGAAAUGUAUCGAGAGCGGAUAUCUGGAAUUUGAUGCCCCAAGUUUUCGUUUUCUCGGAGGUCGGGCGACGAAUCGAGCAAAUAAGCAAACGGGAAUCACAAUCUGUUCACAUAUGGACGUUCAAGAAGCACAGCAAAAUCGACAAGCACGCGAGAUAGCAUAUGGGGAAUGUUAUGAGCGUUCGCCAUGGAAGUCGCUGUACUUGCGAAAGAAGCGAAUCAUUUCGAAUUGGCGAUCCCGGGCGAUUCAAUCUAGCACUGUUCUGGAGAAUGGUCAGCCUUCGUCGUAUCAAGUGAGCGAAGAUGGCAAAUACAUUGUCUGUGGCGGGCAGGAUGAGACGGGACAUACGGAUUGGAUUACAUGCAUGAGUCUACAUGGCACAACUCUUGUUUCUGGGUCGCUUGAUGAAACGCUCCGUGUCUGGGACAUUGUCGACGGGAAAUGCCUUCACAUUUUGGCUGUCGAUGCUAGGAAUUGUGUGCAAUUUGAUGGAGAGCGGGUUGUAUCUAGUGGCGGUUUGGAAUGUACACACGGGGAGUGCUUGCACAUGUUGACGGGUCACACGGAUAUAACCCUUUCACUUUUGUUUGAGUCACAGCGUGAUCUUGUCGUGUCGGGUAGUCGUGACGGGAGGAUUCGCGUCUGGGAUGUGCAAAGAGGAACAUGCAUCACACAUCUUGACUUUCUUCAAGGGUUCAGGUUCGAAGAUUAUCGGAACUUUCGGAUGCAGCUUCGCGGAAACACUUUGGUCUCCUGUUACGACUCGGACAUUUGGGUUUGGGACAUUCGUGAGGGUGGCUCAUGCCUUCACCACUUACAUGGCCGAAAUGGUCAUACGUCGAACAUCACUUCCUUGCAAUUGCUCGACUCCGGACUUUUGGUGACAGGUUCGAUUGAUGGCUCGGUGAAGCUGUGGGAUGUGGACAAAGGUAAAUUUGUUCGUGACCUUAUUCGUCUUCAAUAUCAGAAUUGUAUUCUGGAUCUCAAAGCCACUGAAACAUUGCUUGUCUGUGCGGUUGGAUUGGUUGAGCGUUACGGACCUUGGGCCACAAAGCUCGUCUGGAUCGAUUUUGACGCAUCAUAUCCA